GUGUUUUUGAUGCUUUUGCAAGACUCCAGUAAGAAAUCUCAUAUUGCUCUAGGGACCCACUUACAGCCUCAGAACCAGAGAUCCACUGGACCUUCUUCUGCGUAUUGUGACUCUCCUGUGAGGAUCCCACCUGCAUGGACCCUGCAUGCACCUAUGCGAGGUCAUCAGCUGCUUCUCGCACAGGUAGCUGCCCUCCUGAGGAAAAGGCUGCUCCACACACUGAGAGCCUGGAAAAGCACAGUCUCAGACCUGCUGCUGCCUGUCCUUUUUGUGGCCUUGGCCAUGGGCCUUUUCAUGGUGCAACCUCUGGCCACCGAAUACCCUCCCCUCAAACUGACUCCUGGCCACUAUGAGAGUUUGGAAACUUACUUUUUCAGCAGUGGGAAUGACAAUAUGGACCUCACCCAUGUGCUCUUACGGAAGUUUAGAGAUCAGGAUCUUCUCUGUGCUGACUUAAACCUAGAUCUGAAGAAUUCUUCAUGCUGGUCUAGGGAUACCUUCCCUCACCUGAAGUUUCAGGAUUCAUGUGGCUGCCUGAAGUGUCCAAAUGGAAGUGUUGGGGCUCCUUACCUGACCAACUGCCUGGGCCAUACCCUGCUCAAUCUCUCAGGCUUCAAUGUGGAGCAGUACUUGCUGAUGCCAUCUGAGAAACCAAGGCUUGGAGGCUGGUCUUUUGGAGUGCAAGACCCCGGUGAAAUUCAAGAUGUGAAUGCAAACAAGUCGAAACCAAGAACUCUGGCAAAGGUGUGGUAUAAUCAGAAGGGUUUUCACUCUCUACCCUCCUACUUAAAUCAUCUAAACAACAUUAUUUUGUGGCGACACUUACCCCCUGCUGUGGACUGGAGACAAUACGGAAUUACACUCUAUAGCCACCCAUAUGGAGGAUCCUUGCUGAAUGAAGACAAGAUCCUGGAGAGCAUCCGCCAGUGUGGUGUUGCCCUCUGCAUUGUGCUGGGAUUCUCUAUCCUGUCUGCAUCAAUUGGUAGCUCUGUGGUGAGGGACAGAGUGACCGGAGCCAAGAGGUUGCAGCACAUAAGUGGCCUUGGCUACAGGACUUACUGGUUCACUCACUUCCUGUAUGACAUGCUCUUUUACUUGGUUUCCGUCUGCCUGUGUGUCGCCAUUAUUAUGGCCUUCCAGUUAACAGCUUUCACUUUCCGUGAGAACUUGGCGGCCACAGCCCUCCUGCUGGCACUUUUCGGAUAUGCAACACUUCCAUGGAUGUAUCUGAUGUCCAGAAUCUUCUCCAGUUCAGAUGUGGCUUUCAUCUCCUACAUCUCAUUGAACUUUAUCUUUGGUCUGUGUACCAUGCUAAUGACCACCAUGCCCCGGAUCCUGGCCAUCAUCUCCAAAGCCCAGAAUUUACAGAAUAUCUAUGAUGUCCUCAAGUGGGUCUUCACUAUUUUCCCUCAAUUCUGCUUGGGUCAAGGACUGAUAGAACUCUGUUAUAACCAGAUCAAAUAUGACCUGACCCACAACUUCGGCAUUGAUUCCUAUGUGAGUCCCUUUGAGAUGGACUUCCUGGGCUGGAUCUUUGUGGUAUUGGCCUCUCAGGGCACAAUUCUUCUCCUCUUGAGGAUCCUACUGCACUGGGACCUUCUGCAGUGGUCAAGGGGUCAUUCUUCUCUCCAAGGCACAGUCAAGUCUUCCAAGGAUAUAGAUGUUGAAAAGGAAGAAAUGAGGGUGCUUGAAGGAAGGACCAGUGGAGACAUCCUUGUGUUAAACAGCCUCAGUAAAAGUUAUGGAAGCUUUUUUAAGAAGACUAUGGCUGUGCAAGAUAUUAGUUUAGGCAUAUCAAGAGGAGAGUGCUUUGGACUCUUAGGAGUGAAUGGAGCUGGGAAGAGCACUACAUUCAAAAUUUUGAAUGGUGAAGUUCCUCCGAGUUCAGGACACGCUGUCAUUAGGGCUCCCAUGGGGAAGGAGGUGGAUCUGUCUUCUGCGGGCAAGGCGGGUGUUCUCAUUGGCUACUGUCCUCAGCAGGACGCCCUAGAUGAGCUCCUGACCGGUUGGGAACAUCUCCAUUAUUACUGCAGCCUACGGGGGAUUACAAAGCAGUGCAUCCCUGAGGUGGCUGGAGACCUUGUGAGGCGCCUGCACCUGGAAGCCCAUGUGGAGAAACCUGUGGCUACCUACAGUGGGGGAACCAAGCGGAAGCUCUCCACAGCCCUGGCCCUAGUAGGGAAACCUGACAUUCUUUUAUUGGAUGAGCCCAGCUCUGGAAUGGAUCCUUGCUCUAAAAGAUACCUGUGGCAAACAAUAAUGAAAGAGGCGCAGGAAGGCUGUGCUGUGGUGCUGACCUCCCACAGCAUGGAAGAGUGUGAAGCUCUUUGCACCAGACUGGCCAUAAUGGUUAACGGCUGCUUCCAGUGUCUCGGCUCCCCUCAGCACAUUAGGAAUAGGUUUGGCGAUGGUUACACUGUCAAUGUUUGGCUGUGUGAGGAAGCAAAUCAACCAAGCACUAUUUCUGAUUGCUUAAAGCUCCAUUUUCCAGGAAUUCAGUUUAAGGGACAGCGCCUUAAUUUAUUGGAGUAUCAUGUGCCAAAAAGACGGGGAUGCUUGGCUGAUUUGUUUAAAGUUCUAGAGGACAAUAAGACCUUCUUGAACAUCAAGCAUUAUUCUAUUAAUCAGACCACUCUGGACCAGGUAUUUAUUAAUUUUGCUACUGAACAGCAACGGACUCCACACUCUACUCUUGAUCUUUCCACUGACUGUCACCGCCCGUAUCAUCUCUCUAUUUAACCAAAAAGGAAUAAUCCCUUGACUUUCAUUAUAAUUAAUAUUCAAAGAUCAAACACACAUGCACAGCUGAGGGCUGAAAGACAUGCUCCAGGCAGUCAAGUUAUUCUCUCUGUCACUGUCUAUUUGGAAACUCUCUGUUUAUUAAUAAUCGGCAAACUGAAAGGUCACUUUUUCCAUAGACUUUUGGGUUGAUUCCUCCAACACAUUUACUUUUCCCACAUUGGGUGGCCACCAGCUUCUUUGUGACAAAGGCAGGGAUGAAUUAACAGAGUCCAAGCUGAGACACUCUGGGGCUUAAAGGCUGUCCCUGACUGUCCAUGCCAAAUGUCUCAUUUUUCUCUUAAGGAAACUGUGUCUUUCCCCCCAAACACCAUUGGGGGGAAAAAUUCCUAGCUUAUUUAUAUAGGAAAUAGUAUCAAGGACUGUCUUUUGAUCGAUGUGGUUACAUAUUUUAAAAUCAAAACUCAAUGAUUUAAAUGCAAACUUUUCCUAAAGCUGUAUGGUAUAUGGCAUAAGAUGAUAAAAUUGCCCAUUAUUUUUAUAUAAAAUAUGCUUUAGAAAUAGGAGUUGCAGAGCAUUUUUGGUGAACCAAUAAGCAAAAUUAAAGAAAUCAAAUUAGUUGCUCUGUGUCAUUUAUAACAAUUUUACCAGAUUGUAAUUAUAUAGAGAUAUAACAAGAAAUAGAAUUUGGAAGAAUUAUUUCUUUGUUAUUCUAAGCCAAUGAUGUUUUCAAAGGGUGGUAGUUCCCAUAUUAGGUGCAUUGGCUUACUCUGGGAGCAUUGUAAUUCUCAGGCCCAAUUUCAGAGCUGAUGAACCUCAAACCCUGGGCCUGGAGCCCAGCAAUCUGAGUUUGAACAAAGAUAUCCCACUUUGAGAACAAAGGAGAUGUCUUGUUUCUUUUUAAUUAUAAAGGUAAAGUCAAUACAGGAAGUAGUAAUUCAAUAUUGGUUUUAAAAUAUAUUUUAAAUAUUUUUUAAAAGAUAUGUCAUUCUCAGAAUUUUUAUCCUCAAGAUGUGGCUUUCAAAACCUCUAUUAAUAUGAAAAUUUAUAUGUUAUACUUAGUAAAGUAUAUAAAAUCAAUAUAUCUGCUACUGAAAAUGUUUCCAAGUGAGAUAUUUUUGAACAUUUCUCUAACAUCAUUUUUCUAAAACCUCAGUGAAAGACCACAUUAAUUUUAUUAUAAAAUUUGACCCUAUCCGGCACUAUCAUUGAGUACUAGUAGCUUGUGAUAGAAGAAAAAGACAUUGUGACAUUUGUUUACUACAGCGAGAUUUAAUUAAGUUUGUCUUUCCUGAAUAUCAUUUUGUACUAGACAUAAUUUUGAAUGGUAAGGAUUAAGCCAAUCAUGUGUAGCUUUGAUGUAACUGAUUUUUAUUCUCAUGUAUCACAUGAAUUAUGCUCUCUUAAAAGAGUUAGUUAAGAUUUUAUGAUUUUUUUCCCUCCAAUUCUAACAUAGUCUCAUUGUCAAAAUGGAAGAUGUAAUCUCUUUUUGUUGUUGAAUCAAUAAAUACCAAUUUGUGAAACACGGAUAUAUUUAUACUGCAGUGAAUA